UGUUCAUCACAGUUUACAAUCAGGUUUAUUUGUUCACAAAUAAAAAAUCUUACGCUUUUAAAAAGUAAUUAGUGUUUAAAAGAUAUUAACAUGGCCUCAACGAACAAUACUUCUGAAAAUGAAAUACGGUCCUGGCUAGAGGUCGCGCUAAAAGAUGAAAAUUUCAAGGACAUUUCAGUUAAGAUACAAGGAAAUUCAGAAAAAGGAGACGGUUAUAUGGGUGAUAUAAUUUUUGUGUCGGUUGAAGGAACUACUGACAAUCAGUCGUCAAAAAAGUAUGAUCUCGUUUUAAAGUGUAGCAAAAAGAGCAAAGCUUUGCGCGAAACAUCGCCAGUGAAGGAGGCCUUUUUGAACGAGAUACUCAUGUACAAGGAAGUUUUGCCGUACUUCAUUCAGUACCAGAAAGAAAAAGGAGUCGCAGCGCCAUUCAACAGUGUACCAAAGUGUUACGGCUCUUUUACUGGAAAAAAUAUGGAAAUCAUUGUUUUGGAAAAUUUGAAAAGCAACGGCUAUGAGCUGUGGCCGAGGAAGGAACCACUGUCACGAAGACAUAUCGAUUUGAUAGUAACAGAGUAUGGUAAAUAUCAUGCGACGUCUUUGGCUCUACAACAUCAACGACCAACGGAUUUUCAAAAGUUUCUUGACACUGUGAUCGAUAUUAUUGAAAUAUUUACGAAGACAAAUGACCAGCAAAUCCUGUUCGGAACACCAAUAGAUCAGUCAUGUGAGUUGCUUAAGGGUGAUUUAGAUGACAGCAUUCUGUUACGGUGGAAGGGUUUGAAAAAUCAGAUUGAAAGUAUUUUUGGAGAUAUGAUUAAAACGUCAACAGGACUGAAGGUAAUUUUGCACGGUGAUUGCUGGAAUAACAACUUCAUGUUCUUGCAUAAGACAGGCGAGGAGAAAAUUCCUCUGAAGGUCGCAUUUUUGGACUGGCAAGUGUCAAGAUUCGCUUCUCCGAUUGUGGAUUUGUCAUACUUUUUAUUCGCGUGCCUUUCCAAAGAAGAUUUAGAAGAGUUGGACGUUAUUUUGGUUUUGUAUCAUACAACAUUUGUGAAUCACUUGGUCCAGCUAGGAAUAGAAAAGCCUGAUACGUUAUAUCCUUUUGAUCAGUUUUUAGGCGAAUGGAAUCAUUUAUGUAAAUACGGCAUUAUGAUGGCAAGUUUGUUAAUGAAAGUUGUUUCUACAGAGAAAGAUGAGGUUCUGGAUAUGGCUGAAGUUGCUGAAAGUGGAAAAGAUUUUACUGAGACAUUUAUAAAUGAAAUUAGGGACAAGGAGAAUUAUAAGCGGAGAAUUCGGCCAAUUGUAGAAUAUGCAGCUAAACAUAAUUUAAUAUGAUAUAUGCGUUUGUAUUUAUUAAUAAAUAAUGGCUACAUUAUUUGCA